UCAGUGCGGCAGGGGCGGGCAGAUCGCAGCCCGUUGCGGUGCCGCUGCAGCACGGUGCCCGUAGCCCCGCUCACGCCGGAGCCAUGUACCUGUGCAGGGCCGCCUCGCAGGCGCUGGCCGCUCGCCUUUGCCGGGCGCCCUCGGCCGCCAGCCGCCUCAAGCAGCGCGCUCCUCUUCGCCAGAUGUCAUCUGGGAGUGUGCCCGGCUCUUCUGGAGAGAACAUGAUUUACUAUCUCAUCACCGGGGUUGCUGCUUUUGGUGCUUUGUUCUAUACGUACAAGGUAGUCAGUUCAUCCCAUAGCAACUACAUUGAACAUAUGAAUGUUCUCCACGAGAGAGGGCAGAAACACAAAGCUGACUCUUACAAGGAAGGUGAUGAAGAGGAGACAGCUGAAGUCACUGGAGCAGACGUGGCCACAGAAGAAGCCGAUACAGCAACUGCUGCUGGACCUGCAGCACAGGAGGAGAGUUCUGGGGUUACUCCAGAAACUGGAGGAGAGGGUGACUUGCCGGCUGCAGACACAUCCACUGCUGUGGAGGGAACACAGCAGGAAGCUGCUGCUAAUUCAGAAGCUCCUGCAGCACAAGAAACUGUGAGUGAAGUCUUGGAUGUUGCAGCUUCUUCUACCCAUGAGGAAAACUUAGACAGUGUCAAGGAAGGAGUAGCCUCAGCAGCUCAAGAGAUGUCUGACACAGCCACGAGGAACCAGGAUGCUGAUGCUGAGGAGUCGGGGAGAGCUUCAGAAGGUGCAGGAGUGCAGCUGGUUUCUGAGGAGGAGAAGUCACCUGAAGAAGUUGCUAAGGAACCCUAAAGUGAGCAGCACUGCCGCCUUUGAAAAGUUUAACAGAAACGUUUGUGGCAAUCAACCAGCUGAUUCCUGUGAGAAACCUCAGACUCUUCCUUGGAGACAAAACGAGCCGUGCUGUUUGUCACACCACACAUUACAUGUUAGGACCAGUGUUCAUUGCUGCAACAGACAACCUAAUAUGACUUCAGUUAGUUAGAUGCUGCUGUCAUUAACAACUCUGCUUUAGGAAGUAGCACCCAGCACCAAGUGCAGGAGCACCACCCAGCAUGCAAUAGAUAGAUGUGCUAAGAGAAGUGGUAUGCUUCACUGCAUCCCUGCCAGGUGAGCUUGUUCUAGUUCCUGGUUUUCCAGGUGUUUAUGUUCAUUUCUUACUUUUGGUCCAAACUGUGGUGCUUUAUUAUGCCACCAUCACAUUCCACACCAAAAUGAAAGUUAAAAGUUCUAAGGAAGUUAAAACCUUAUACAAAUCCCCUGCUUACAAUUGUAACCACACUGACAUUCGGCUGUACAAAAUAUCUGGUUUUCCUCCUGUGUAAACCUUUUAGAUGCUAUACUUCCUUGCGCAAUAGAAGCCCAGAGUAAAUGUUUUUAAAGCUUCUGCUCUGAGAACAAGAACUGUUGCAUGUAGUAGCAAUAAGUGCUGUAUCGCAACUUGACAGAAACAAUGAGCAUCAAAAGCAAGCUGGUUCAGGUUGUCUUUAUUGCUCAGACUGGUGGCUCCUACUUGGGGGUGCUGAACCCCAUUCCUACCAAACUGUGUUCGGUUUGCUAUAAUCUUUGUGUUGUUCUGCCUUAGCAGUAAGUGGCAUAAAAAAACAGGGGGUUCAGAGAAGACUCUUGUACAAAUAAGGAGGAAUUUAGGCUGUGGUUAAGCUCCUCUGAGAGCUGGCAGGUGGCCUGCAAAAUCCCAACAGGUGGCUGUGGCACAGGUAUUCAAAUGGACAAGGGUCUUUAGGAUCUAAUGAGGAACAGAAUGGCUAUGGAAACUCAGAACAAGCAGUUAUACAUCAAAAGAUUCUCCCUCUGUGAGGGGCAUGUUGCAACAAAAGUGAAAAAGAGCAGGGAAAAGUAUCUACAAGGCCCUUUACAAGCCAAUGGCCUCCCCCCCCCUUUCCUCCCCCCCAUUUCUUGGCUUGUCAUUAUUGUCUUAAUAAUGAAAAUAUCUAUAAUAAUCGACUUGCAUGCCAGUGUCCUCCUAACCCUGUUCUGCUAUUUGUAGGCACGCAAUUGUGUAUUCAAUAAAAAGUAUUUACAGAGAUCCCCAUCAGCUAGAAAGUGUUACAGCCAUCACAGCAUAACAGUAAUUCUAAAUGAAGCCUAAAUGAGGUGUAGUGUACACAAUUUAUGUAGAAACUCUGAACCAAAAAGUCUAUCUGACUGCUUUCUCUGCAAGCAGAAAUUUGAAAAGACACUGAAAGGGAAAUUACAGUGUUUUAGCAUUCCUACCCAUUGCAUAAAGAAACUCAUACUCUUUCCUUUAUCAUAAAGUAGAUUACAAGUGUCCCAACAGAAAUACAGCCUAAUGCCCCUGCUCUUGUUUAUUAAUACCUGGAAUAAUGCUCAAGCAAAAUCAGGCUUCUGAGCACCACAAAGCUCUUCUGCAGCCUUCUACUUAAAGGAUAAAACCUCUGUGAUUAAACAGAAUUUUUAUAGACAGAGCUACCAGAAUAAAAGUCAUAGGUUGAUAUUUGCUGGUUGUCUGUCUGUAGUUACCUGGUAGAUUAAACAUUCUGUGAUAGA